CCAGAUCAGUAGCAAAUCUGUGUCCUGGGGACCGAGGCGGUUCAGUCUCAGUCAUUUUCAGAUUGGUCUGGGGGGCUUGGGGGCCCCUCGGAGGGCCCUGGGGGUGCCUGUGGGAGUCGGUUUGCAAGGCAAACCCCUUCACCAGGGAGCCUGCAGAGCCACACAGAGAACCUGAAAACAGCAAAUUCUUGCUUGUCACGGACCCUUCCUGAGUCAGAGCGUGAGUGCCAGCUCAAGAGUCCCUUGUGGGCGACCUUCCCAUCCGGGUUUCCGUGUUCCAUUCUGCCCUGCCAACGCUCCUGGGCCCUUCUCACUCACGCCCGUCUGUGGAAAGCAGGGAAAGGAAGCGGAGCCGUGAGGUCCACACGGUGGGGGCGACGUAAGACCUGUUGGAAAUGCUGGGUUGAAGCAGCUCAUUACCGUUCAAAAGACAUUCUUCAGUUUUCUAACCAAAGGAAAAACUGCAUUAUCUUCAUUAUAGAUAGAAGUCACAACACGCCGAACUACUUGGAAAGCCGCAUGUUUUAGCCAGUAAUGAGUCUUAACCUUUACGAGAUCAGCACAUGGAAAUGGUUAGUGGGCACCAGCAGAGAAACGUGGGUCACAUGCCCUUCGGUCAGGGGCCAAGUCCUCGUCACUCCAGGCAUUCAGAGUUUUGCAGUUCAUCUUCCUAGGUUGCUAAGUGCUUUUCAUGCCUCAUGACACAAAGAGUUGACUAGCUUGCUUUUGCAGUGUGAAACGCUUCCUUUUAAAAUUUCGGAACAUGCUUUUCUCCUUACUUUUAAGAUCUUUUGAUUCAUUCAGAUUUUGCAUAAUAUUAAGAAUAGCAGAACUUAUAAGCUAUAAGCAUGUGUGAUUUGAAUGCUUCCUACCUAAUGGGACUGGAAUUUUUCUCCAGUUAUGGGACAGGGAGACCAUCGUUCCCCAGUUGCCAAAACAGAAUGCAGCUGGCUGCAGGAGGGCUGAGCUAGCAGAACAUUUAAUAUGUUGAAAAAUGUGUCCUGGGGGAAAAGACUUUCUGUUCAGAAAGAUACUGAAUUAUUUAGCUGGGCAGCUGCCGGGUGUGAAUAUUUUGAGCGCCAUUGCUGUCAUUUAUUUUUUAUUGGGUUCAAAUGGAAAAAUUGAAAACCGUAUUCAGACGCGUAGCCUUUCACUCGAUGGCGUGUAGACCUCCGGCUGCAGCUGCCUGCGCUCCUGUGAUCUGCACGGGCACAUUCCACUCCGAGUGCAUCAGUGUUUAAUUUUCAAAAUUCUCGGCAAAUAGCAGAGCUGCAGCCAGGAAUUCCUCCACUGAGAUUCCUUCCGGCCCAGAUGAAACUGAUAAUUCCCGGCUGGGUUGCUGUCAUUCAUCACUAAUCCAGGUUGAGCAACCCUUUCAAGACUGAGAUGUCCUCAAAGAAAUACCUGGAUGGAACGCUGCUCAGAAAACCGAGUUCGAGGUGUGCCGGGAAGGAGGGACUGGCCGGUGGGGUCAGAAUGCCAGGCGGAGGUCGAGUCGGGCAGCUGAGAAGAGAUUUGAGGUCAAAGACCCGCCCGUGUAGGAGGGCGGAGAAGCUGGAGCAUGGCCGUGAGCAGCGGGAACCGCGAUGUCGUGCUCCUGAGCAGUGGCGGCCCCGGCGCCCUCACGACCUGCAACGGGGACCUCGCCGCCCACCAGCUCUCCGCAGAAGCGCCCGGAACAAAAGCGUGCGUGAACGGAUGCCCACGGGUCAACGGCUCGGCGAAGUCAUCCCGUCUGGCCGCCGACGUCCCGCAGCGAGCGCCUGCCAUGUGCCGCUGCCCCGCGCACCCGCCCUGCCCCCCGCCCGCCACCCCAGAGCCCCAGCCUGACCCUGGCCUGGGCCCCUGCUGCCCACGGCCGCACUCUGACUUCCCGGCACCCCCCUGUCCACACCGCACGCCCGCCUACCAGCCUGCCUGCGGCCUGCAGCCGGCCUGCUUCUGCCCGCACUGCCCGUGGCCCGGCCACUUCCCACACCAGCCCGGGCCACAGCACACGGCCAGCGUCAGACCAUGCAGACCUUUCAAGUUACCAAAAAGUUAUGCGUCCCUGAUCGCCGACUGGCCCGUCGUAGUCCUGGGCAUGUGUACCGCGUUCAUCGUCGUCUGUGCCCUGGUCGGGGUGUUAGUGCCCGAGCUGCCCGACUUCUCCGACCCACUGCUGGGCUUUGAACCAAGAGGGACUACGAUAGGCCAGAGACUGGUCACGUGGAAUAACAUGGUGAAAAACACGGGAUACAAAGCGACAUUAGCAAACUACCCUUUUAAGUAUGCAGAUGAACAAGCCAAGAGCCACCGGGACGACAGGUGGUCCGAUGAUCACUAUGAACGAGAGAAAAGGGAGGUCGACUGGGACUUCCACAGGGACAGCUUUUUCUGCGACGUUCCGAGCGACCGGUACUCCAGAGUGGUGUUCACAGCAGCUGGAGGGGAGACCCUGUGGAGUUUACCUGCGAUUAAAUCCAUGUGCAGUAUAGACAAUGCAAGGAUCAGAGCCCACCCGCAGUUCGGGGACCUGUGCCAGAGGACCACGGCCGCGUCCUGCUGCCCCAGCUGGACGCUGGGGAACUACAUCGCCAUCCUCAACAACCGGUCGUCCUGCCAGAGCAUCGUGGAGCGAGACGUCGCUCACACCCUGAAGCUGCUGCGGGCCUGCGCCAGGCACUACCACAACGGCACGCUCGGGCCCGACUGCUGGGACGCGGCGGCCAGGAGGAAGGGCCAGCUCAAGUGCACGGGCGUGCCGCGCAAGUGCACCAAGUACAACGCCGUGUACCAGAUCCUGCACUACCUGGUGGACAAAGACUUCGCGGCCCCAAAGGCCGCCGGCCCCACUGCGCCCGCGCUGAGGUACAGCAUGCUCUUUUCCCCCACGGAGAAAGGGGAGAGCAUGAUGGACAUCUACCUGGACAACUUCGUGGCCUGGAACGGCUCCGACGGCGUCACCAGCGUGGCGGGCAUCGAGUUCGGCCUCAAGCACAGCCUGUUCCAGGACCACCUCCUGACGGACACGGCCUACCCGGCCAUCGCCGUCCUGCUGGUGCUGCUGGUCAUGUGCGCCUACACGCGGUCCCUGUUCAUCACCCUCAUGACCGUGUUUGCCGUCAUCAGCUCCCUGAUCGUCUCCUACUUCCUCUACCGCGUGGUGUUCAGCUUCGAGUUCUUCCCAUUCAUGAACCUCACCGCGCUCGUCAUCUUGGUCGGAAUUGGCGCAGACGACGCGUUCGUCCUGUGUGACGUCUGGAGCCACGCCAAGGGCGACAAGCCCCACGCGGGGACGGCGGAGACGGUGGGCGUCACCCUGCAGCACGCAGCGCUGUCCAUGUUCGUCACCAGCUUCACCACGGCCGCGGCCUUCUACGCCAACUACGUGAGCAACAUCACCGCCAUCCGGUGCUUCGGCGUGUACGCGGGCACGGCGGUCCUGGUGAACUACGUGCUGAUGGUCACGUGGCUUCCGGCCGUCGUCGUCCUGCACGAGCGGUACCUCCUCAACCUCUUCAGCGGCUUCCGAAAGCCGCCGCAGCAGUACGUCGGCAAGAGCUGCUGGGCGGCGGCUCGCCGCAAGUGCCACCGGCUGCUGUUCGCCGUCUCCGAAGCCUCGCGAGUUUUCUUCGAGAAGGUGUUGCCGUGCGUGGUCAUCAAGUUUCGCUACGUCUGGCUGUUCUGGUUCCUGGCCCUGACCGUGGGCGGGGCCUACGUCGUGUGCGUGAACCCCAAGAUGAAGCUCCCCUCCCUGGAGCUGAAUGAGUUCCAGCUCUUCAGGGCCUCGCACCCCUUCGAGCGCUACGACGCCGAGUACAAAAAGCUCUUCAUGUUCGAGCGCGUGCACCGCGGGGAGGAGCUGCACAUGCCCAUCACGGUGGUCUGGGGCGUGUCCCCGGAGGACAACGGCGACCCCCUGAACCCCAAGAGCAAAGGGAAGCUGGCCCUGGAUGGCAGCUUUAACAUCGCGAGCCCCGCUUCCCAGGUCUGGAUCUUGCACUUCUGUCAAAAGCUGAGAAACCAGACUUUCUUUCACCAGACGGAUGAGCAGGAUUUCACGAGCUGCUUCAUCGAGACGUUCAAGCAGUGGAUGGAAAACCAGGACUGUGACGAGCCGGCCCUGUACCUCUGCUGCAGGCGCUGGAGUUUCCCCUACAAGCAGGAGAUUUUUGAGCUGUGCAUCAAGAGGGCCAUCAUGGAGCUGGAACGGAGCACGGGGUACCACCUGGACAGCAAGACGCCGGGGCCGAGGUUUGACAUCAACGACACCAUCAGGGCCGUCGUGCUCGAGUUCCAGAGCACCUACCUGUUCACGCUGGCUUACGAGAAGAUGCACCAGUUUUACAAGGAGGUGGACGCGUGGAUCUCCAGGGAGCUGAGCUCGGCUCCCGAGGGCCUCAGCAACGGCUGGUUCGUCAGCAACCUGGAGUUCUACGACCUGCAGGACAGCCUCUCGGACGGCACCCUCAUCGCCAUGGGGCUCUCCGUGGCCGUGGCGUUCAGCGUGAUGCUGCUCACCACCUUGAAUGUCUUCAUCAGCCUCUUCGCCAUCGUCUCGAUCACGGGAACCAUAUUUGUCACCGUGGGCUCUCUCGUCCUGCUGGGCUGGGAGCUGAACGUCCUGGAGUCGGUGACCAUCUCCGUGGCGGUCGGUCUGUCUGUGGACUUCGCCGUCCACUACGGGGUCGCUUACCGCCUGGCCCCGGAUGCCGACCGGGAGGGGAAGGUGAUCUUCUCCCUGAGUCGCAUGGGCUCCGCGAUGGCCAUGGCCGCUCUGACCACCUUUGUGGCCGGGGCCAUGAUGAUGCCGUCCACGGUUCUGGCGUACACCCAGCUGGGCACCUUCAUGAUGCUCAUCAUGUGUGUCAGCUGGGCUUUCGCCACCUUCUUCUUCCAGUGCCUGUGCCGCUGCCUCGGGCCCCAGGGCGCCUGUGGUCAGAUUCCUUCACCUGGGAGACUCCGGUGUUCCGCCUUCUCCCACGCCGUGUCCACGAGCUCCGGGGACAAGGGACAAACACACACCGUGAAUGCGUAUCAUUUAGAUCCCGGGGCCCCCAAAUCCGAAAUGGAGCAUGAGUUUUAUGAGUUAGAGCCCCUGGCGUCCCGCAGCGGCAGCGCCUCCGAGGAGACCCACAUCUGCUCCGAGUUUUCCGACGGCGCCGUGAGGAACUUCGGGAUGCCGGUGCGUGCCGCGUACAGCAGAGGCCCCGGGGGCGAUGGCGGCGGUGCCCCGUUCCCGCCCCCUCUCGAGCAGCACGCCGUGUGUCACUUCUUCUCUCUGAGUCAGACAUGCACUUGUCCAGAUGCCUACAGACACCCGACGCCUGGCCCACAUGCCGGCCAGCAGGCGGGUGACGGCCUGUGUCCCCAGUGCGCUGCCCCCGCCGGCAGCCUCGUGCACGUGCAGAAGGGCGCACACCGGGCCCCCGAAGGCUUCAUGUGCACCAUCCCGCACGUCCAUCGCUGUCCCUGCCUGCAGGGCGGAGCGAGGCCACCGGGACCGCAGAAUCCUCUGCCCACGAGCUUUGUCCUGCACCCCGUGCAGCACAUUCAGGCCCCAGAGAAGACCCGCACUCACGGUCUCCCGAGCGUGGGGCACGUUCCCCCGACGGUGGGGCCGUCGGCCUGUGGCUGCAGAAGCCCUGGGUCCCCACGAAAAGCGCAUUGUGAUCCUGAGAACAGCCAAAGGGGGCUUGCUAGGAACAGAGACGUCAGGCACGUGGAGGGCAGCGGAGGGGCCAGGAGCCAGGGCUCGGGUCCAGGGGGCCAGACGGACAAGACAGACAGGAACACAGGGCUGUGCUUGUCACAGGAUCUGGAACAGUCCGGUCAGAAUGAACCACACUUUGUGUUUAACCGUCUAACGGGGGACGCGCAGCCUGGGUCCUGCCCAGAGGGCGACUCUGCAGACAGUGAGGACAGUGAGCCCCCUGCGUUCACGCACUCGGAACUUUCUGGUGAAAGCUUGUUGAUAAAAACACUCUAAUAAAUAUAGUGCUAAAUUCAGAACUGAUGCCUUUCAGUUGUUCCUUUGAAAUGGAGGUAAAACCUGUAAGUGUGGAAAGGGAGCCCAAAAAUGGCAGGAACAAGUUGCACUUUGUCAAAAAUCAUGGAAUAUUUUUUAUAUUUUUUAUGAGAAACAACAAACUCACAUUUCUAAGGAGCGUUGUCUGAUUAUUGGAUUUUAUAUUUUCAAACAGUACAAAGUUCAUAAAGUUUUUUACCUUUAUA